UGUUCUUUCAUUCUCGGAUGACAUUCUUUCUUCUCCUCACCUCUGUUGAAUCAAAACUCCUUAUCGACUGAUGUCAAGAUCUCUAGUCGUAAGAUCACGACAGAAUUAAAGGAUUAGGGUUUUAGGGGAAUAUAAACAUAAGAAAAUUGAGAGAGAAGAGAAGAGAAGAGGAAGAAUAAGAGAUACAAAGAAAAUUUAUUCCACUGAUAAGAUCAUCAUUCACCGCCGUUAACAUCAAUCCGGUUGUUCUUCCGUUAUGGCAAGCGAAGUAGCCGAACAGUCAUUACCCUCGUCUGAUAGACAGAACAUACCGGCUCCGGUUACAUUGAAUGAGAUCAAUGCAAUAAUUUCAAUCUUACAUAGGAUGCGCCAAGGGGAAUCCACUUUAGUCUAUGGAUGCAUGAACUGCUAUAUGUACAAUUUGCUCGGCAACUUGAAAGAUCCCGAGCCAUUGGACGCACUAAUUCAGUCUUGUAUUCUUAAGCAUUUGGCUGCGCUUUAUGCAUCAGAAAAUAUAAGAGACAGCAAGAAGGCUGACUAUUAUAUUAGGUAUCUGUUGUAUUUGAUGAUUGCUGAAAAGACAACAGGUUUUCUUGAUGAACGUGCUUCUGUAAUUCUACAGUUAUGCAAGUUUUUGAGGACGAUGGUUUGUCUUGAGGAUUCUUUAUAUGUUUUAAGUCUUCACAGUUUAAGAGAUUUGGCGGAAAAGGCCAAUUAUGUGCUUCUUGAUAGGUAUAAAAUAUUGUUCCCGGAAUGGCAGACUCUACCCAUGUUUGACGAUUUGGCAUAUAGAUUGCUGAAGGAUUUGCAUCAGUGCAUCACUUCACCUUCAACCAAGGAGACAAUGGACUCAUUAAUAAGUGAUUUUCGUGACUUCAAGGCAUUAUCACGCCUUUUAUACCAUGCUAUUCAGGAACAGAAAGAGAAGCAAGAAGACAAGGGGAAGGAAGAGGAGGAGGAGGAGGAGGAGAAGGCAGCGCCCAUUUCUUCAGUACAAAAAUCUCUAGUUAAUGGAGAAGAAGUCCAGCCUGAAUGGUCUAUGUACCUUGCCAUUUUGGAAGAACUGAACUUCAUUUCUAGACUUUGCCCCCAUUCUCGGGAUAAAUUUUGGAGUGUAUUAAAAAGUGCAAAGCUUCCAUUAGGUGCUCUAAUUGUUCGAUUCGCUAAGAGAAGAGAUGGCUAUGACUAUCAAUGGCUUCUUGAGCACAACGAUGUAACUGAUAAUGAUUCCAGGAUGCAUUGGCCAUGUUGAUGAUCCCUGGGGUUAAGGAAUCUACAGAUGCAGAGUUGAUGAAGAAGCUAGUUUUCUGGUCUCAAGAUUUGGACACAGAUCAAUUUAGGGCAUUCCAGCAUAAUAGUCUUACAGAUCCUCGAGUAUUACAGGAUUGGUUAUGCAAGUCAUGUGAAGUUAUAUUCAACCCAAAUAAUCCCCUUUUCCUAGCACAUCCAGGCGAUUCUCCAAGUUUCAAUGUUAAUCCUGGUAAGUUCAAUCCCAAAAUGGUAACUU